GAGCGCGCUUUCCGUGUCUGGUUCGCGAGGACUGACAGCCAGCUGUGCCACUACCACAACAACGACUUGGAUUUGCUUCAUACAAGUCGAUCGCUGUUGGUUCGCCACCGAUCAGAGGUGACUGGGAUAGGUGUUUUUUUUUUUUAAAGCGAAGAACCGUGUGAAGAAGUGGGCUCCGUUUUUACGCCAGUAUCAGCGGCUUUUUUCCGUGCUAACAGGCUACAAGAGCGCUCAACAUGAAUCCGAUGUGCAGCAGAUGUAAUCGAGUGGUUUACCCCGUGGAAAAACUAAACUGUCUGGACAAGUACUGGCAUAAAUCAUGCUUCAGCUGCGAGAUCUGCCAAAUGACUCUAAACAUGAAGACCUACAAAGGGUACGAAAGGAAACCAUACUGCAAUGCACACUAUCCCAGCACAAAAUUCACUGUGGUGGCUGACACUCCAGAGAACCUUCGUCUUAAAGCGCAGUCGGAGAAUCAGAGCACGGUCGCCUACAAAAUGGACUUUGAGAAGAAAAAAGGGGUUUACAGGGCAGUCGUAGAUACACCAGAGAUGGAGAGACUCAAGAAAACGCAGCAACAAAUCAGCGAUAUCAAGUACCAUGCGGAUAUGGAGAGGGAUAAGGGCAAAUAUUCAUCACCAGCCGCCCAUACCAUGGACAACCACCGAGGCUCUGCACCCGCUCAGAGCUACUACCAGGAACAGCCAUCUCGCGCUGCUGCCACUGAACGUGCCCCUGAGUGUGCCCCUGAGACUGCCAGUGCCGCAGGGAAACGAUACCGGGCGCUGUACGACUACUCUGCUGCAGAUGAUGAUGAGGUUUCCUUCAUGGAGGGAGACGUCAUUGUGGGAGCUCAGCAUAUCGAUGAAGGCUGGAUGCACGGCUGUGUGGAGCGCACUGGCCAAGUGGGCAUGCUCCCCUCCAACUACGUAGAGCAGAUUUGAGCCACGAACGAGAGAAUGAAAAGAGAGAAAAAGAGAGAUAGAGUCUAGAGGAGGGAGGAGAAAGCAGUUAAGAAAAUACGCCCAGUGCCAUCUCAUCUUAAUCUUAACAUCGCUUUCUAUUGAUUUUAUACUGUUUUGUUAAUCUCCUUCACCAUUUUCUUCCCGUCCUGUUUGCCUUGCUCACCCCAUCCACCUUAAAUAUGUCUUUUCCUUUGUGUCUUCUGCCUGCCUUUUCCAUCUGUGAGCGCUGGGGUCUGUCUCAAGUAUGGAUAACAGGCAUCCUUACAUAUUUUAUUCUUCUUGUGUUUGGAAAUAUGAAACUAAUUGAUCGUUGCAUUGUGGAUUUCUGCUAUCCCUUGCACUUAAAACUAAACACAUGCAAAUUAUAACAUAGACUUAAUUAACAUGCAUUUCCUUCAGAUAUUAGUGUGCAAAUGGUUUAAGCUGGAUUGGGUUGCUUUAUACUUAAAAAAAUUGAGGAAAAAACAAACAAACAAAAAAUGGCAUUUAUGUGUUAUCUGCUCAUCUUGUAACCCUAUGUUUAGAUUGUGAGAGGGAGGGGGGGCGUUCAGAUGUAAUACAUGUAUUUUCGAUUGUAUUUUGAAUCAUAAGAACAUAGUCUAAUACUAUUUAACGGCUACUUUUACAAAAAUAGUUUGUAUGUAUUUCAGGCAUUAACUCUCCCCUCAACUUAAAUUUGACAAAUUAAGAAAGGCGCACGCAACCGAUAUUUUAAAAGCACCCUAUGUAACUUUUCUGGUGUGGGCCCCUUCACCUGCUUGUUUCCAUGUAGAUGGUAUUUCCUGGAAUGUUCUACAAUAUGGCAUUAAGUGUAGGCCCUAUUUAGCGUGCUUUUAGUCAAUAACAGCUGGUUUUAGUGCUCAAAAACAUGCAUUCUUACUAUGAGCGCUGUCUCCUCUCCAGAAAUCUUACCUGUAACUUGGCCUGGUGGUGCCUUUAAUGUCAUACGAUGGUCCAUUCCACGCCCUUCAACAGAAAAGUUACGUAGUGUGCUUUUAAAGCGUUCUUAUGUACUUGCUAAAAUCAUUUGCACAAUGCUGAAUGGACAUAUUAUAGUGAUUUUCAUAUCUAUUUUUGCAGCUCAAACUUGGCUAGACUGGAAACAACAGUGAAGAAACUCAGUAUAUUAACCUUAGCUUCUUGACUUGUACAUUCCUUUUUAAUAUUUUUCCUCAAUAAUACGCCACUUCAAUAUAAUUCAAGAGUUUUUAAUAUAUUUAUAUGUGGACAAAUAGACGUCUUAGGUUCAGCACUGCAUCAUGGGUUGUAAAACUGGAUAAUGUAGCUUCACAGGAGAGCAAAAGCUAACACGAUCUAGAGGCUUCAGGGACAAGUUUAGGGGACACUGUCAGUCCACCUUAAAACAGCCUCACUGGAAAUUCCACCUUAGGUUAGUGUGGAUUUAGCUACAAUCUUUUAUUCCUGUCUUUGCCGCCUGGAUGCCUUCAGUCUUGGAAAUUAAUCUGAAAUUGUUGAUUGGUGAUGGACACAGCUUAACCUAGUCCACAUUAAGAAAUUCUAGAUACUCUCACUGUUCAUUUUAAAGGUACACUCGUUUGCGUUAUUUAAAAAAAUAGAUAUUUACAAAAAAAAAAAUCACAAAUUAAUUUCAAUAAUUUGGUUGUUUGGUUAAAUUUAAGCAGAUUUGUCAUUCAAUCCUGCUAUCUACUUCUUAAGCAUUUACAUUGGAACUAGUGUACCUAAUAAAAUGGCCACAGUCUGUACAUUGUGUUGUGUAUAGAGGACAGGGCCAAGCACAACUCAAUAUUGUAGUCUUAAUUUUUCUGUGAUUUAACAUUCCUCUCCUGAUUUCUUGAGACGUGGGUUCAGAUCUUUGCUGUGACUUUUAUUUUGUUAUUUUGUGUUUUUUUUUUUUCCACCAACACGUUUCCUUGUUAAAAUGAAAGAAUUGCCAGAACCAACCAUUAAAAUACCUUCUUAGACACAGUAUUAAACCAAUAACUUGUGUAGCUAGAUUAUGUUUGAAUCUAAGAUAGCUACAGAUAAUAAUAAAGUCUUAUAAAUAUUAAGGAUACGCUAUGUUACUUUUCUGGUUGAAGGUCUGCCACCUGCUUCUUGUCUCUAUGGAGAUGUUGUUGCUUUGCCUGAAUGUUCCACAGUAUCGCAUUACAAGUUACCAAUCUUGCAUUUAUUACAGGUGUUUUACAUGCACACUGUACUAUGAGUGGGAUCACCUCUUCACAGAUCUGACGUACGUGGCCUGGUGAAGUCACUCGCUUGUUUCCAUGGAGAUAUAAAGGUUUAAUAGAGCAGGUGGCAGACUCUCAAUUUUAAAAAAGAUAUGUAGUGUAGCUUUAACUUUAACACACAUAUUAACAAGAGCAAUUUUAUUGGUGGUGAUCACUGAGAUAUAAAGGUUGUUCCGAGAAUACAAUGUAAAGCAUAUAUUUUGCUGGCAAUUUCACAGACAAUGCUGUAUUGUCCAUUGUUUUGAUACCGCAAUUCUGUGAGUAAAAAUAAUUCACUUUUAAAUACCUUUAGCAUAGUGGUGUAAAUAUCUCACUAUCUCAGCCCUGGCCAUACAAGUCAAUGUCUUUUGGUUUUUGGGUGUCAAAUCUCCAGCUUUCUUAAUAAAAAAAAAAAAAAAAUCUUGGCUCUCACUAUGUAGCUAGAUGACUUUGUACAAUUAUAUGUAUCAUAAUGAUGAGUUAGGGAAUUAUUUUACAGGUUGUGGUGCUCGGGGAUGUGGCUGCCUACAUAAAAAAAAUAAUGGUUCCAAUAUUUUUGUGAAAAUGGGUCAAAGAAGAUUGCAAUUUCUUUUUUUUUUCUUUUUUUUUAAAGAAUGCAUAAAAAACAUCAGUGUGGUGCAAGUUAGUGUUCAUAAAAAAUGCAACUUUAUAAUGUCAUGAAUUGUGGAAAAUUUUGAAUUGUUUUGGUGAAAUAGAUCGCAAAACUAAAUGAAAGAACUUACUGUGUGUAUGUAUGCCUGUAUUCAUUGAAAAAAUGCAAAACUAGAUCAUAAUGUUGUUUUCUGACUGGUAAUUUGGAGAUGACCAUUCAAAACAAUUCAUCAGUUUCACCAAAUUCAAAAUGUAACUUGUCUGUCGGUUGGAUGAUAUGAAAGUGACAAGAGGCAGCCAAGAUUGCGUGGAUUCUGUUGGGAUUUUGGAAAGCUAUCGUAGCUUCGUCAAGUCAGGACAAGUUGUAUGUUUUGACCUAAAAAAUAGUCAGGAUUAUAACACUUUUUCACCAAAUAUCGCUGUCUACUGAAAUACCAUGCCAUCUCAUUAUAACCGAUGUCCCUUCAUUGUCCAUUUGUCUGUUUCACCCUUCCCCUUUUGAGAUCACUGUAAACUCCUAUCCUCCUAUGAACUAAAAGAAAAUCUUUCCUCACAUCCAUCGAUGAAACUGGUUUAAAAUUGUAGACUUUACAGAGAAAAUGUAAUCCAGUUUUUGUGCAUUCCAUUUUUAAUUUCUUUUUGAUAUAUAUUUUUGUUUUUUAAUUAAAUAGAUGACCAUAAUAUGCAUACUGAUCACAUAAACUCAAACAUAAACAGCAUAUGCAUAACGGACCUGGUCUCAUCUCCUAUCGCCGUGUUACAGCACAUCAAAUUGUACUGAUGAUUCUGCAGAUUCAAUAAAAUGUCAUUUUUCUCA